GGAGAGAAAGAUAACUGGCUUGAGCAAAAUGAACUGGCGUACCUUUGUUGAUGCUAGCAACGGUGUAAAAGACAAUGCGUUAAUAGCAUACGGCUUUCUGGAGAUUCUGCUCGUGAAUGUUCACGUCGUGCAGCAGAAUGACCGUCGGGAACUUUCAAGUGUUUGUCGUUCUUGCUUUUCAAAUAUCUGUUGUGGAUGUAACCGUUAUGCUGAGAAACUUUAAGCACCUUUCUCAAUACGAUGACAAACGGGGAGUAGAUAGUAACAGUCUGACCAGGCGAGUCGUCACAUUAUGUGGAUGUGGCGCUCUUUGUGGUCUCGAAAUUAAUGCAUGUAAGAGUUUUUUUUACCAAAAAAGUGAAGGAUUAUGUUCUAUGUAUACGGAAGAUAUCUUCAGACUUACGCUUGUGAACGCGUCUGGAUCCAAAGGAUAUACCUUAACACGUGAUACAGAGGAUGAGGUAACGGUACCUGUUUCCACGAUAGAGACACCAACGCCGACAUCGCCAACAAUAACAACGGCGGCUCAGGAGACAACAACAUCGGCAUCACCAGCAACAACUACGGCCGAGGAGACACCAACGUCAACAUCAACAUCAACAACAACGGCUCAGGAGACAACAACAUCGACAUCACUAGCAACAACUACGGCCGAGGAGACACCAACGUCAACAUCAACAGCAACAACAACGGCUCAGGAGACAACAACGUCGAUAUUACCAGCAACCACCGCGGCACCGACGACACCAGUGCCUACAACAGCAGCACCACCGCCUGGUUGUCCUGGAGGAGGUGAUGAUGAUGAUGAUGAGUGUGAUGAUGACUGAUGUAAGACUCUGACCUCGAGUCCCCAAAUCAUCUUCUUUGAGUCUAUUUGAGACGUUUCAGGCAGUCUUUUAUGUUAUUGUAAAAGUGUGUGCAAAUUGAAACUGUCGAUUGGUUUCAGUAACAAAUCUUUUCAUUACGUUGAAAACGUACACACAACAAAUAUUUAUUUCAAGAAGGCCCAGAACAUUAUAUUUAACGAAAACACCUUCCACUGAACACGGGGCGGUGGGAUGGCCUAGUGGUUUAAGCGUUCGCUCGUCACGCCGAAGAC